AUGGAUGGACAAGUUCUGAUGCCCAAAGGGCCGGUGCCAACAUGCCUCGCAGAUGCGAGAAAACUGACGUGUGAAAACGUAGGUUUAACGUGCACUAAGGUCUGCCCCUGCAUGGGGGAUGAAAAGUACGCAAUCCCCAAUAAGAUUAUAAACGGCUGUGCUGUCAAGUGGGGAGGAAUCAAACUGUGAAUUUUCUCGCACCUUCGAUGGGCGCAGGCUUCUCGCAGUUGCUUAGUCCUUUACCGUAUACAUGAAUUUUUCUCAGUCAAGAAUGCACCCUUGGAACAUCCUAGGGCGAAGUGGCAGUUUAGAGUCAAUGAUAUAUCUGGAUCCGUCCUAGACUAACAAAAGAACAAGCCCAAGUGAAAAGAAGAGAAAUAUAGGAAAAGCCAACGAAAAGUCAGAUGAAGAGCUAUACAAAAAGGAAAGGGAUUUCAACUCUCGUCUAAAUUCCCUACAGACACCAUACCCGUGCGUGACAACAAUAACGACACACGAUAUGCUAUUGCGUCCUCACUGGAGGCCGCGCGUUUAUUGA